AACGGCCGGCAGCAGAAACCGCGGAUGCUGGAUCGUUGGUUAAUUAUUACGCGCUUUCUUUAAGCACAAACGAAACGAUGGGUAAAAGAAGAUUCAACGAAAAAGGUCGCCGCCAGGUGGAAACCAUCAUCGAUAAUACAGAAACCAAAAAGAUAAAACUAGACUUUGCUCCAGCCAGCGACGAGUAUGGUGGCGCCGAUGAUGCGAACGCGCUGGUGUUGCCCUCGAAAAAACGUGCGACGAAGGUGAAAAAGGAUACCACGGUUGUCACGAGAAUUUUGUCGAAAAAACAACGCAAACGCCUAGAAAAGAUCGUGGAUCAAAAGAAAAAGAAGGAAAACCGAUCAUCACUGAUCGCGUCGCUGGUGCAGGUGCAGGCAACGAAGGAAGAGCUGACCGGCUUCCGAAAGCUGAGCGAGAUCCAAACCAAAGGGCUGAAGCAGCACUUUAAGGAGCAAAAGUAUGGCGUGACGGUUGUGGAAAAGGUACGCGGAUCACGUACGGCGGGUGUGGCGAAGAUUCGCAGUUUGGUUGGCAGUCGGCGAAAACGGUUAGCCCUUUUACGCCAACAACAGCCCUCAGGGGCCGAUGGUGAUGAUGAGGAGGGGACAGCUGAACGGAAUCCGAAUGUGGUGGGAUUAGACGACAGCGAAGACUCUUCUAGCGGUGAUGAGUCGGAUAAGUUCGAGAAGCCCUACGAUGAGGAGAAAGCAAAAGAAGUUCCCAAGCAGGAGAGCGCAAUCAAGGAAGCGGUAAAAGAACAGGUUGGUAAGGAGAUACCGAAGAAGGUGACAAAAGAACCGCCUAAAGCUGAAGUCGCAGUUCCGCCAGUGAAACAAAACCAAGAGGUUGACCGUAAACCGGCCACGUACAUACACGUCGAACGAGAUGCCGAGGUACAGGCGGCACGUCUCAAGCUCCCGAUACUGGCGGAAGAGCAGGUGAUCAUGGAAACGAUAAGUGAAAAUCAAAUCACCAUUUUGGCCGGUGAAACGGGCAGCGGUAAAACGACGCAAAUACCGCAAUUUCUCUACGAGGCCGGUUACGGCGAGCGAGGGCUAAUCGGUAUCACGGAACCACGCCGUGUCGCUGCCAUUUCCAUGUCGAAACGUGUCGCACACGAAAUGAACCUACCGACCGAUGUCGUAUCGUAUCUGAUCCGUUACGAGGGCAAUGUGACGGACCGGACCAAGAUUAAGUUCAUGACGGACGGUGUACUGCUGAAGGAGAUUGAAGUGGAUUUUCUGCUUAGCAAAUACUCCUGCGUCAUACUGGACGAGGCGCAUGAGCGUAGCGUCUACACCGACAUCCUGAUGGGAUUGCUGUCGCGUAUCGUUCGACUGCGUGCCAAACGUGGAACAAACCCGUUGCGACUCAUCAUCAUGUCGGCCACGUUGCGCGUGUGCGACUUUACCGAAAACCGCAAACUGUUCCUUGAUACACCGCCGGUCAUUAAUAUCGAUUCACGCCAGUACCCUGUCACGGUACACUUCAGCAAGACGACACCGGCCGAUUAUCUGCGCGAAGCGUUCCUGAAGACGGUCAAAAUUCACACCCGGCUACCGGAGGGUGGUAUUCUAAUCUUCCUUACCGGUCAAAAGGAGGUGAACACGAUGGUACGCAAGCUGCGUAAAAUGUUUCCUCCUGUAAAAUCCACCGAUGAGACCGUCGAUGGUAAACGAACGCCCGAUGCUGCAACGGAUGAUCGUACCGAGGAAGACGAAGAGUUUGAUAAUAUUUUGCGCGGCAAGAAGGCACGCAAGAAGGCCAGUUCGACGAAAAAACGCAAAAAUCCAUCGGUCACCAUUCCGCGGCUCCCGCAGAUCGAUCUGGAUGCGUACGAACUGCCGCACGCCGACGAUACGGAAGCCGAUCUGCACGAGGACGAUCACUCAAGCGACAGUGAGCUGGAUGAGGAUGGACUGGAUGGCGAUGAUGACGAGGCGAACUUGUUGGACGGAGGAGAUCUGGCUGAAGAUCUGGGCAUAUCGGAGCUAAAGCGGAACCAACCACUUUGGGUACUGCCACUGUACUCGAUGUUGCCACCGGAUAAGCAGCAGCGCAUCUUCAAACCUCCACCGGAAGGUUCGCGUCUGUGCGUGGUAGCUACCAAUGUGGCCGAAACAUCGCUCACGAUACCCGACAUCAAGUACGUGGUCGAUAGUGGCCGCCAGAAGACGAAACUCUACGACAAAACGACCGGUGUGACCGCGUUCGUCGUGACGUUCACGAGCAAAGCUUCGGCCAAUCAACGGGCCGGACGUGCUGGACGUGUCGCACCGGGUCACUGCUAUCGGCUGUACUCGAGCGCCGUGUUCAACGAUGAGUUUGUAGAUUUCGCACCGCCCGAGGUACAGCAGAAACCGGUCGAUGGGCUGGUGCUGCAGAUGAAGUGUAUGGGGAUCGAUAAGGUCGUUAACUUUCCCUUUCCAUCGCCGCCCGACCGAGAGCAGCUCGUGGGGGCCGAACAGCGCCUAUUGCAGUUGGAGGCACUCGAGGA